CUGAGAAGUAGUUGUGAAGCACAAGUGGAAUACUUUAAGCAAUUAAUUAAGCAAUAAUUUCUAUAGUGAUGGGAGAUCCUACUUAUGGUGCUUCUUAAUUACUCUUAGUUAUCUAUAGCAUCAACCCCAAAUCACGGGAAAAGUAAAGUUUCACCUGGUGGUUCAUAUGGUCAAAUUACUCUGAGACGCAGUGUCAAUUCUCGUGUGGGCCAGCUCAGUCUCACGUAGCGACUCUCAGCAGGCAGCAGGAUGUUAACAUAUUCAUACACCCCCACUUGGGUGUGCUGGAGACGAGGUGGCAGCAUUUGCCAGCCAGUUUAUCACAAUUGUCUAAUCUUUGUCAAGUUAGAAACGCAAGCGUUGAGCAGCCAGACUGGAGCAGGUUUCUUGUAGAAGGUUUCUUUCUCUCAAAGUUGGCUGGAUGCUGGCCUUCAGCACGUUCGGUGCGGAAAGCUUGUUCUUUAGGCUUCUUCCUUCUCUCCCUCUCCAUCUGUAUGCAUUUUUAUCCCAUUACUGCAUGUUACUAACUCGACAUCUUCUCUCUCCCGUGGUUCUGUGCCUUGUUUCUCUCCUUCUGUCACUUUCACUGGAAAAGUACAUUGCAUUGGAACAGCUCUGCGGUGCCACUGUCCACACCAAGCUGGAGCUCCGCAGCGUGUACAACCUCAUCCGUAUACGUGAGGGGGACGAGUGGAAGGCCGCCUUUGUGACUCCAACUGGCCACUACGAAUACCUCAUCAUGCCAUAUGGCCUGGCCAACGCCCCUUCCGUAUUCCAGGACUUCAUCCAUGAGGUGCUCCAGGAGUUUCUCCACAAGUCCGUCUUGGUCUACAUCGAUGACAUCUUGAUCUACUCCCGGAGUCUGGCCUAACAUUGCCACCAUGUUGCGGAGGUCCUGAAACACCUGAGGGAGUUCCAGCUGUUCCUGAAGGUAGAGAAGUGCCAGUUCCUGGGUUACAACAUCAGUAGCAGUGGCAUCCAGAUGGACGAGGGGAAGGUGGAGGCCAUACGGAACUGGCCCACACCAACCACCAUCAAGGAACUUCCGAGAUUCCUGAGCUUCUCCAACUUUUACCGACGCUUCAUACAGGACUAUAGUACCAUCGCACACCCACUGACCAACCUACUCCACAACAAGCCCAAGUCUCUGUCCUGGUCACACACUGCCAACGAGGCCUUCAAUGCGCUAAAGGAAGCAUUCACUAGUGCACCGCUCCUGGUUCACCCCGGUCCCGAGAGACCAUUCGUGGUGGAGGUUGACGCCUCUACCACAGGAGUAGGAGCGGUGCUGUACCAGCAGCAGGGUACCCCAGCCAAACUCCAUCGAUGCACUUUUUUUCCCCAGAAGCUCAGACCAGCAGAGAUAAAUUAUGACAUUGGUAACCGAGAAUUGCGGUUACCAAGGUACCAGUACGUACCAGGUACGUACUGGGAGUCCACGCCACGUUCCAUCUAUGCAAGCAAUGUUCGCUGCCUGUUCUCAAUCGACCAUGGUCACACCUAGAAGUGGAUUUCAUCACCGAGCUACCCGCCUCCGACAAUAACACGUGCAUCCUGAUGGUCGUUGAUAGAUUCUCCAAGUCAUGUCAACUGAUUCCCCUCAGAAGACUACCCACAGCCAUGGAAACCGCUGAACUAAUGUUCAAUCAUAUCUUCCGUUAUUAUUUCCCUUCAGGGAUCAACAAAGUAUUUCUGAUUCUGAUGACAUCCCCAAAGACAUUGUAUCCGACCGAGGACCCCAGUUCAUCUCUAAGGUAUGGAAAGCAUUCUUCUCCCUCCUAGGUGUGACCGUCAGCCUCUCUUCCGGCUACCACCCAGUGACAAAUGGGCAGAUGGAGAUGAAGAUCCAAGAGAUUGGCCGCUUCCUACGCUCCAUGGCCUCCAGGACUCGUGAAACCAGUUCCAGGGUUGGGCCAAGUACGCCCAGAACUUCCUCCACCAACCUGUCACUGGACUCACUCCCUUUCAGUGCGUGCUCGGAAACCAACCCCCUCUCUUCCCGUGGUUGGGUGAACCAUCAUAGGUCCCUCCGGUCGACUACUGGUUCCGAGAGAGCGAGAGGGUCUGGGACGCAGCUCAUCAUCAGCUGCAAUGAGCACUCUGCAGGCGCAGGCUGACAGCCGACCGGAGACGAUCCACUGCUCUUGUAUACCAACCCGGACAAAAGGUCUGGCUGUCGACCCGGGACAUCAGGAUGCACCUGCCCUGCAGAAAGCUCAGUCCCAGAUUCAUUGGUCCCUUCACCAUCACCAAGCAAAUCAACCCAGCCUGGCGUAGCAGCAGAGCCCCCCCUGCCUCUCACCCUGGAGGACGGAGCCGCUUACCAGGUGAAUGAAAUCUUGGACUCCCGGCGCCGUGGUGGCCUACUGGAAUACCUAGUGGACUGGGAGGGCUACGGUCCUGAGGAGAGGUCAUGGGUACCCAGACAUGACAUGCUUGACCCCUCUCUGCUCGACACCUUCCAUGCUGCCCAUCCGACUCGGCCUGCCCCCCGGGG